GCGGAGUGUCCUACUGACUGCGCGGUGGAAGGCAGACUAGAGCUGUGGAUUGCCAAAGUUGUGUCUGGGGUGAAAGUGGAGCGCUGGAGUUUCUUUGAAGAUCAUUUUAUUGCAGCGAGAAAGGCUGUCCAGGAAAGUUCUCCAUGAAUGUACGUCACAAUGAUGAUGACAGACCAGAUUCCGCUGGACCUGCCACCACCACUAUUGAAUGGGGAGGUGGCCAUGAUGCCUCACAUGAUUAAUGUUAAUGGGGAUGGAUCGCAACAGGUGAUCCUUGUGCAAGUUAACCCUGGAGAGACCUUCACCAUUAGAGCGGAAGACGGCUCUCUGCAAUGCAUUCAAGGACCUGCAGAAGUUCCGAUGAUGUCACCGAAUGGAUCCAUCCCACCCAUCCAUGUACCUCCUGGCUACAUUUCCCAGGUGCUGGAAGACAACACAGGGGUCCGGAGAGUGGUGGUCACCCCUCAGUCUCCGGAAUGUUAUCCUCCCAGCUAUUCCCCAGCCAUCUCUCCCACUCAUCACUUACCUCCAUACAUGGCUUCUCCACCCUUUAUCCCCAACUCACACACAGCCUUCUACCCACCCGUCAGCCCUGGGGACAUUCCACCCCACCAGUACUACCAGCAUCAUAUCCCUCCAAUGUACAAUGAAGAGAUUAUUCCCUUGUAUGGGAUGAACUACAUUGGGCGGGAUGAGCAAUACAAACCGCCGCCAAAGAAGAUGAAGGACAGAUUGGAGCGUCAGAAUCAUCUUAACAGCCCUCCCUCUAUCUAUAAGAGCAACAUUAGCUGCAACAACAUGUACAAUGGGUACGGCAAGAUCCAUGGAAGUGUUGGAGGCGGUGGAGGAGGAUGCAGUCCUGGGGCUAAAAAAACAGCCCGUGGUUCUCGGAGUAGCCCUAGGUCCAGCGAGCCAGACUUACAUGAUCAUGAUUCAGAAGCAAAGAGAGUUCAAGAUGUUCUAUCAGGAAUGGAAAAACCACAGGUUUUUAAUAUUCAGGCCCAGACAGCCAGGCUGACCUGGGCUCCACCAGCAGGCCUCCAGAACAGAGACAGACACAGUAACGGACAUCCAUUCACCUGCAGCUAUGAGGUCACUCUCUCAGACAAGGGCCGAAAUGGCCAGUACCACAUCAUAUAUAGUGGAGAGGCUUUGGAGUGCAACUUAAAAGAUCUUAGACCAGCAACAGAUUACCACGUCAGAGUGAACGCAGUGUGCAAUUCAGUGAAAGGCUCAUGUUCAGAAGUGGGGGACUUUACUACCCACAGCAGUACCCCAGACUGCCCACUGCCCCCUAUACUCUCCCAUCGCACAAAGAGCACAGUCACACUGCAGUGGAAGGCACCAGUUGAUAAUGGAUCAAAAAUCACCAGUUACCUUUUAGAGUGGGAUGAGGGCAAAAAGAACAACAUUUUCAGAGAAUGUUACUUUGGAAGCCAAAGGCACUACAAACUCACUCGCCUGUGUUCAGCCAUGGCCUACACGUUUCGGGUGGCGGCACGCAAUGACAUUGGAAUGAGUGGCUUUAGUCCUGAGGUGGUGUUCUACACGACUGGAAGUUUGCCCCACCUUCCCCACUCUCCCCGGCUGGUUCGUGCCGGCAUCUCUUGGAUCACGCUGGAGUGGAACCGACCAGAUGGCUGCACUGCUGAGGAGCCUGUCACAUACACAAUCGAGAUCCAGGAAGAGAACAUUGGAGCAGAGUUUCACCCAAAGUACACUGGAGAAAACUUGACAUGUACUGUAGAGGGCCUGAAAAGAAGCACACAGUAUAAAUUCAGGCUCAUAGCCUCUAACUUGGAGGGCAGGAGCAGUCCCAGUGAAGUGCUGGUGUGUAAAACCAGUCCAGACAAACCCGGACCCCCCUCCAGACCCUGCAUCAGGGGCCCUAUCAGACCCUAUGGCUUCAGUGUCAAAUGGGAUCCUCCACAAGACAAUGGAGGUUCAGAAAUCUUGAAAUACCUAUUAGAGAUUUCAGAAGGAAAUUCUGAUGCCAACCAGUGGGACAUUGCAUACAGUGGCCCUGCCACAGAGUGUGAGUGUGAGAACUUGAAACCUGGCACUUUGUACAGACUGCGCACCUGCAGCAUCAGCACAGGCGGUCACAGCCAGUGCUCGGAGAGUCUACCAGUGCAUACACUGUCUGUAGCUCCAGGACAUUGCCAGCCUCCCAGGAUUGUGGGCAAAGCCAAACACAAAGAAGUGCACUUACAAUGGGACUGUCCCUACUCUGAGGGGGCAUGUGAGGUGAGUGAUUAUAGUUUGGAAAUGAGGGAGGGUGAGUCAGAGCCAGUUGAGGUCUAUCAAGGCGCUGAUCUGGAGUGCACCGUGGGCAGUUUGCUCCCUGGAGCCACCUACAGCUUUCGCGUGCGUGCUGCCAAUGAGGCGGGGUACGGACAAUUCUCUGAACCAACAGAAGUAACAACUGCAGCUGGUCCUCCCAAUCAAUGUGCACCACCAACCCUCACCUUAAUGUCCAAUACCUGUGUGCUGGUCAGCUGGGAGAGUCCAGAGAGUUCAGGGGCCGAUAUCUCUGAGUACCGUCUGGAGUGGGGCAGAAAGGAGGAGCCCCUUGAACUGAUCUAUAGCGGCCCUGAUACACAGUGUGAGAUCUCAGACCUCAUACCAGCCACUCAUUACAACUGCAGACUACAGGCAGCAAAUCAGGCAGGCGCAGGCCCAUUCAGCGAGCAGGGGAGCUGUCAGACCCCCGCCACCGCGCCUGACCCAGUCUCAGUGUUCUAUGUACUUGAGCACGACCCUACAGACAGCGGCGUCUACUCGCCUUCCACGUGCCUGGCUUUGAAAUGGGAUGAACCCUGCAGUAAUGGGGCAGAGAUCACCUCUUACAUUCUCAAACUGGAAGAGGAACUCAACAGCUUGGGAAACAGCACCUGCCAUUUGCUGCAGAACCUACAACCUGACAGUGAAUACAGUGUGCAGAUUCAGGCAGUGAAUGAGAUUGGUGCUGGUCCCUUGUGCCCUCCCCUACUGGCCCGUACCCGGCCACUGCCCCCUGUCCCUCCCAGACUAGAGUGCACUGCCGCUGGACCCCAGAGCCUCAAACUGAAAUGGGGAGACAGCAGCAAUGCCAAGAGCCUCCUUGGAGAUGAGAUGAUCUACAACCUGCAGAUGGAGGACAAGAACAGAAGGUUCGUCACAAUCUACAGAGGCCCAAGCCACACAUAUAAGGUACAGAGACUAAGUGAAUCGAGCAGCUACUGUCUCAGGAUUCAAGCUGUGAGCGAUGCAGGAGAGGGCCCUUUCUCUGAAGUACAUACUUUCCAUACCACCAAGUCUGUGCCUCCAGCACUCAAGGCCCCCAAAGUGGUACAAUUGGAAGGGAAUUUGUGUGAGGUCAGCUGGGAGAGCAUUCCACCAAUGAGAGGAGACCCCAUCGGCUACAUCCUACAGGUGCUGGUGGCCAGAGAGUCUGAAUACAAGCAGUUGUAUAAGGGGGAGGACACGACCUUCCAGAUCUCGGGUCUGCAGAAUAACACAGACUAUCGGUUCCGCGUGUAUGCGUGCCGCCGUUGCCAUGACAGCACUCAGGAGCUGUGUGGACCCCUCAGCCAAUCCUCACACUUCACACUGCGCCGUACGGAGCUCGCUCUACCCGGAGAGCUCAGCUCCAUGGAGACCAGCAAGCCCAUCGGCAUGUUUGCCACAGACGAACGCUUUGCAGCGGUCUUAGUCUGUGCUUUUGCAGCCCUUUCUUUCCUCAUCGCUUUUGUGGUGGAAUACUUCUUCAUGAAGUGAGAGAUUAGUAAAAAAACAGAAGUAGCAGCCAGCCAAGAAAGAAAACAGUAACGUUUGAGUGACACACACAAACACUUAAGGUAUAUAUCUGACGCAACGUACUGUCUCUGAGUAUGUACUGUACAGGCUCUCUUUCUUGUCUUUGGGUCUAUUUUUUCAUCCUCUCUCUCAGUCUCUUCGUCUUUACAAUGCCUUCAUUCUCCGUGCUGCCUGCGCAACGCUGUUUCACACACUCUUUUACAGUGUGUGGAUUUUGCACUUAUUACUCUUUUCCGCACCUUAGGGAAGCAAAAUCACAUUAUCGAGCCUUACAAAAUUUGUGCGAUAGCCUGUUGUGCAUGCUUGCAUUUUUUGUAUCCCUUUAAGUGUACCUAUAUGUUUGGAAAAAAAUGAUUGUAUUUCCUCCACAUUCACGGCCUUACUUUGUUGUAUACAAGUGUGCUUCGUGGCAUUUGUUUCAUUGCCUUAUACAAGUUGUUGUAAUCAUAGCUUUAUCAUGAUACAGAUGGUAACAUCACAGUUCUACAGACGAGAUGUUUAUAUAGAGUAACUUACAUUUCAGACACAAGAUGGACUGUUAUUUUAACAAACAGUGACACAUCCCUGUUAUACUAAAUAUCAGCACCCUUGGAACGCCACUUGUCCAGUCGGAUCCAAGGACCAGAUUUAACUGAUGUAUAAAUAGUAAUAUCAUUCAAUCACAUUUCAUUCAGUGCCGUUUUUAAAUAAUCAUGUGAUAUUCAAAUUUUUGGUGCAUCACAGAAUGCAUCACCACAAUAGAGACACUAAAUACUGUUACAGUAGUAAUGCUGGUGUAAAGCCCCCUUAAUCAUUAAGCUGCCAAAGCAAGUUGCAAUCCAAGUGUCGUUGAAGUGAUGCUGCUAUGUGUGUUUGUUUUUCCCACGAACGGAAUCAGUUACCUAAUAUAUAGAUAUGAAUAUAAAUCUUUAAGAUUCUAUAGAGGAAUUGUAAUAUAAAUAACAGUGAGUUUGAAGUAGAUAUCUCUUUCGGAGCAUGUCAGUUCAUAAUCUAUGGUGCUUUAUAAAUAUGUGGUCAGUACUGGUGGCGAUUUAAGGUAACGGAGACUGAUGUGCCACACACGUUUGGUUGCAACACACUUUGCCACCACACACCCUCCCGGUGAAGAGAAUGGGUCGCUUUUUGGAUGCUGUAUUGUCCCGACCCUGACUGGCCAUGUAGUCUUAGGGUGUCUCCUUUCUUUCCUGCCCCCUCAACGACUUGGCUAGGCUUAUGUCACCCUCUUAGUAAACUGAUUCUUGGGCUCUGUAUGGUGUUGUUGAUCCAGAGCCCAGUUGAUGGCCGGAGUCAAAAUAGCCAGUGCGUAGCUGUGAAACCGACAUAGCCUGUUUUUCUGAUCCUCACUCUGUGAAUUGCGUUUGUAACCAUUACGCCUCACAACUAGCACUGAAAUUGAGAACAAUGGCUUUAAAAUUACUUGGUUUUAGAAUGGAUUGUAUAGUUUAUAUGCAAUUUUAUAUAGAGGAUAUAGUUUUCGCUGAAUCUGAGCAUAGUCGAGCCAAAUCCAGCCUCUCAUGAACAUUACAUGACUGGGCAACAUUUUUGCAAAACAAAAUGACAUACUUUUUUUUACAAGUUUUGCUGCAGUUUCUCAGUGAAAUGUCCAUCUGGGGGCGCCAAAAGCGAGUGAAAUGGUUUUAAAGAUAAAUAAUAGAUGGAAUUUUUAAUGAUUAAAACGUACCUUCUUAACCUUUAGACUUUAGCCUAAAUCUAACCAAUACUGUACUAAAAGCAAAUGAGAAGUAAACAAAACAGACAUCCUAACUGAUAUUGUGGAAAAAGCAAAUGUGACAUGAAAAGAACAUUAUCUGAAGAAACCAUGUCAUUUUGUGUCAAAAAAAAAAAAAACUACUUUGCAUAUGGAUGUAAAAACGCAUUCUGUGUGGACGCCCCCUAAGGUCACCUUUAGACUGUCAGCCAAUUCUGAUGUUUUGUUUGUUGAUUUUUUUUAUUUUUAUUAUUUUAUAUAUACAAUUUGGGACACUUUAAUAGGUGGCUCUAAAUCCGAUUCAUAUCCAUUAUCCGGACAUCUUACCUACAUCUAAACACUCAUAUCUGAUUCACGUCAUACUUUUUAUCAAUAAAAUCCACUGUAAUGGAAGUUUAAUUUAUAUACGUGCAUAUCUUGCAACUUUUAAAUGUCAAGCAGACAUUUUUCAAAGAGGAGAUGUAAGAGUCCUGAUUUUGGUCAUACUGUAACUCAAUUUUGAAAGGGGAAAAAAAAAAUGUCGUUACUGUGUUUUGCCUUUGCGGGUCAUAAUGGCCCUGCAUUUCAAUGUACUGAAUGUUUCAUUGUCUUUUAAUCCAUGAAAGCCAGUUGGACAUUUUUAAGGUGCUUUAUCAACAUUAUUGUCAAUGCAGCAGUGAACUCCUCCACCCGCUGCACCUUUUAAUGAUGACUGAUGUUCAUGCCAAAACAGCCUGAUGUGCUUGCAGUGCAUCUUUAGCCAAGUAAAGGUACAAACCAGCAGAUCCCAUUGUUCCAAAGAGUUUCUCCAACAUUACACUUGCAGAGCAGUUUUCUAGGGAAGUUUUCUAAAAGGAGUAAAAGGGGGGUUUGAGGCAGACCUCUUCUCCCAACUGACAGCCUGUAUUGUACCUCAGGGACAUAGACUUUUCAGAGGUGAAGAAUUAAAUACUGUGUUUCUGAGAGGGUGCUGCAAACACUAAACUUUACCGAAUAAUAUGGUAUUACUGUCAUCACUAUGGUAGCAUCAUUCCGUUGUCUGCCUCUGCAGUUUUUUUAUGCAUUUAUUUGAUCUAUUUUCUCGCCUAAGCUGUGCCUUGCUCCAGUUGUCCGUAAGCAGAAUUGUUUACUAGCUCAGUAUACCUUUGCCAAAGUUAAUGGGAAAGUGAGGUAUCACUCUUUUUUUUUUUUUUAGGGUUAUUUAUAUACUAUCUUGCAUACAGUACUUUAAAUGGCAAUUAAAGUGCAAUCUUCAUUUAUUUAUUUUUCAAGAAAUUAAGAGAUGUAGUUAUGUACAAUUUCUUUUUUUUUUUUCUUCUUUUUUUUUUUCUUGUAGCAUGUUUUUUUCUGUCUUUUUUUUUUUUUUCUUUUUAUGUAUGGUAGAUUACCGAUUAAGGCCAGCAUUCCUUUCAUUCAUAAUUCUGGUUGUUUUCUUUCAUAAAUUGGGAACAUGUAGCAUGUACCAUGCUGAAUCAUUUAUAUAACCAUAUAUUCAACUCCAACUAGUUGUAUUUUCAUAGAAAUCUGUAGCAAAUUUAGUUUGCUCAAGUUUAACUUUUUUCUUUUUUUUGUACUGAUAAUUGUGCCAUUAUUUGAAUAAUCCUUCUGAGGUGAAAUUUUACUGGCUAUUUCAUACUGAAAGGAAAGCAAAACAAUCAAACUGUUUUGAGACAAAUGACAUUUCUCAUUUUCCUUUUUUUUUUUCAGACAUGUCAUAGCGCAAUAGUGAACUUAUUCUAGUAUUUUUGCUAUGGAAUUAUAUAGAGAGGUAUAUAGAUAUAUAGUAUGAUAACUAACAGAAAUGAAGCACUUUUUAAAGCAAAACAUUAAUCUUUAUUAGAUUUAUCUUAAUGAAACUGUAUUUUUUAGUCAAUGUUGCUAUUGUUUUAUAAUUAAAUGUACCAUGUCGAAAGACCCCCCCCCCCAUGACUGAAUUUGUUUUUUUUUCUGACACUUUCUUCCUUGUAAACUAAUAAUAAUAAAAUAACACAUUUUUGUGGCCCAAGUACAGUUUUGUAUUUUUAUGUUGAAUUUUAUUCUGUUUUAUUUGUGCUUUAUUUUAUAAACAGUAUGAGAAUGAAUUUGAAAAUGAUGGUUUGGACAUUGAUCCAAUCUCAGAGUUCUCCCAAGAAAAAUAUAUAGAAACCACAAGUGUAUUCAAACUAUUUUCCUCCACAAAAUAUUUGUACCUCAGUUUAAAAAAGAAAGAAAAGGAGAAAAAAAUAUAAAAAACAUUCCAGGCUACAAUUUUUUUUUUUAAGUCAUACAUUGUUUUCUUGUAUUGUAAAUGUCAGACAAUUUCAUAUGCAUAUAUAUAUAAAAGUAAAAACUGCCAUAUCAAUGUUAAUGUAUAGAUUUUUGCAAAUACUACCCUAUGUAUGUAAGACUUAUCUGUAUCUGUAGUGUUUAUGUAAUAUAUUUAUACCCAAUAAAUGUUUUAAUUUUUUUUUCUGACAGAUUUUUCUAUCUGAGAUCUUAAGUUUUUUC